AUGGUGUCACUAGCAGUUGACUUCAUUAUGUCAACUGAUAAAGUUGGUUCGUUUACGUUUGUCUCAGUAGUAUUGAGAUCGUUUUUUAGACUGUUUAUAAAGUUUACUCGAAUGUCACCAUAAGCUUCGCAAGUGAGGUGGAGGUGAGAUUCAUUUCUAUGGUGUAAUGGAUAGAUAUGACCCAAUUUUUAUAAAAAUAUCGGUAUAGUUUAAAAGGAUUUUUUUUUUCAUUUUGGAGUACGUUUUGGGUGUAUCCAGUAACAAUAUUGUAUUUGUAUGCCGUAAUGUUAAAUAUGACCCAAUUUUUAUGAAAAUAUCGGUAUUUAAAAGAACUUUUUUUCAUUUUGGGGUAUCUUUUGGGUGUAUCUAGUAACAACGUUGCAUUUCUAUGGUGUAAUGGAUAAAUAUGACCCAUUUGUUAUAAAAAUAUCAGUAUAUUUUAAAAUAAUUUUUUUUCAUUUUGGGGUACAUUUUGGGUGUAUCUAGUAACAAUAUUGUAUUUGUAUGCUGUAAUGUUAAAUAUGACCCAAUUUGUAUGAAAAUAUUGGUAUUUAAAAGAAAUAUUUUUCAUUUUGGUGUAUGUUUUGUGUGUAUCUAGUAACAAUGUUGCAUUUCUACGGUGUAAUGGAUAGAUAUGACCCAAUUUUUAUAAAAAAUAUCGGUAUUUAAAAGAAUUUUUUUCAUUUUGGGGUACGUUUUGUGUGUAUCUAAGUAACAAUGUUGCAUUUCUAUGGUGUAAUGGAUAAAUAUGACCCAAUUUUUAUAAAAAAUAUCGGUAUUGUACAGGUAGUUUGGAACAAGAUGCCGAUCAUUCUCAGGAAGAAACUGAUACAGAUUUUGAAGGCCCAGAUACUCUUCCCUUCAAAGUUAUGGGGACUUGUUACUGUUCUAGCAGACAAAACAUCCUAGAAAAGGGCUAUUUGAACCUGAACGAUUACAAUCGGCAUGUCUAUGCUAAACUAGAAGAAGAACCAGAGAACAUAACAGACAAUGAAGCAAUUGCUGUGUAUAUUAGUGUUGAUGAUUGUGGCGAUGAUUUCAGAAAGUAG